CAUCAUAUCAGUUGAUACGUUUCUUGUAUCUCAAAAUUUCUCGUAUUUCAAAGCAAAGCAUCUUUCUCUUGAAGUCUUGAAUCUCGUAUAUCGAGGGAACUGACAGGAAGACACGUUCAAAAUUUUCCGCUUCCACUGACAUUGCGUCAUAACCAGAUAUGUAUGACACUAAAGGACGAACGUUGUGUCACAUAACGAGGUUGUUGUCACUCUUGACAGUAGUGGCACUGUUUGGCACAGUCCUAGGCUAUACAGACCCCCACUGUAUUGGAGGGCGAGACAGCAUCGUGCACCUGUUUGAGUGGAAAUGGAACGACAUAGCCGCUGAGUGUGAGCGGUUCUUAGGGCCCUACGGCUUCUGUGCGGUACAAACCUCCCCUGCAAAUGAGAACAGGGUCGUCACCAGCCCCAACCGCCCCUGGUGGGAGAGGUACCAGCCGGUCAGCUACAAGAUACAGACCAGGUCUGGGACGGAGGCCGAGUUUAGGAGCAUGGUCCAGCGGUGUCAGGCAGCGGGGGUCAGAGUGUAUGUGGACGUGGUGCUUAACCACAUGGCCAAGAUAGAACCUGGAUCUUCAGGCUUGGGAACAGCGGGAACCUACUACGACGCCAACAGUCUGCAGUUCCCUGGGGUUCCCUACGGACCGACGGACUUCAACGACAACUGUCAGACCUGGGACCACAACAUUCACAACUACAACGAUGUCAAUGAGGUCAGGAACUGUCGUCUGGAGAACCUUCUGGAUCUGAAGAUGAGCAAAGAUUACGUCAGGCAGAAGGCCGCGGAUUACCUGAACCACCUGAUUGACCUGGGCGUGGUUGGGUUCAGGGUGGACGCUGCCAAACACAUGUGGCCCGGUGACCUCGUCGCUCUCUUCGGGAAGGUCAAGAACAUCACAAAUGGAGACAGGCCUUUUGUCUAUCAGGAGGUUAUUGACCAAGGGGGAGAAGCGAUAAAAGCAGAGGAAUAUUUUUCCUCAGGCAGAGUUCUGAACUUUAAGUUUGGUUUGGAGUUAGCCAGAGUGUUUAGACGCCAGAAUCCCAUGAAGUUCUUGAACAACUUUGGUACCGGAUGGGGCAUGUGGUCAUCUGACAUGGUGGUCAACUUCAUCGAUAACCAUGACAACCAGAGAGGUCACGGGGGCGGUGGGGGCGUGCUGACCCACUGGGAGUCCAGGCCUUAUAAGCUGGCCACGGCCUUCAUGCUCGCCCACCCCUACGGGAUGUCGCGUAUCAUGAGCAGCUACGAGUACAACCGGGCGAAUAAUUACGAAGGACCCCCACACAAUGAUGACAUGAGCAUUAAGAACGUGACGCUCAGCGGUAUGAUCUGUACUAACGGCUGGUCGUGUGAGCACAGAUGGCGAGAGAUCUACAACAUGGUUGCCUUCCGCAACAUGGCCAGGGGUACAGCGGUCAACAACUGGUGGUCAGGUGCCGACUAUCAGAUCGCUUUCUCUAGGGGAGACAAGGCUUUCAUCGCCCUCAACCUGGAGGGUUUUGAUAUCAACCAGACUCUACAGGUGAGUACAGGGGAAGGGAUACGUCACAUAGGUGAUAGGUGA